AUGAGAGGAGUCAGGAUGCUGCUUGAAUGGGUGAUACCAUGGCUCACCCUCAGCCUCGGACUAUCAGCAGCCACCAACGCGUCACCAAAGCAGGUAAUAGCCCACACUGGCAACAAUAAGGUGGAGAUCUGUGUGGUUUUGUUCCUGGUUUUGUCCGUCACCAAUGUCAUCAAAGUCCAAGCCAGACUGGUCCACAACCAUGUCAGCAGCAUCUGCAGCACCUGGGGCAGAGAGCACUUCAAGACAUUUGAUGGUGAUGUGUACCAGUUUCCUGGUAUGUGUGAGUACAACCUGGUCUCUGACUGCCACGAGUCCUACCAGGAGUUCUCUGUGCACAUGAAGAGGACAGAAAACGAUGGAAACCUUACAAUCAGUUACGUGGUGGUCACCAUCAAUGACCUGUCGUUCCACCUCAGUAAGGCUUCGGUCACAGAAAAUGACGUGCCUAUCAAUUUGCCAUAUUACAAGGCAGGAGUGCAAGUGGAGAAAAAUGCAGUUUACAUCAAGCUCCAGUCCAAAGUUGGCAUCACUGUCAUGUGGAACGGUGACGAUGCAGUCAUGGUGGAACUUGAUCAUGAAUAUGCUAAUCUUACUUGUGGACUUUGUGGAGACUUCAAUGGUGUUUCAGUCUACGAUGAGUUCGUUCAUAAUGGUCGCAAAAUCAGCCCCAUUGAGUUUGGCAACAAACACAGAGUCCAUCGUUCAAAUGAAGAUUGUGAGGACCCCUAUGAAGAGGAGGAUGAAUCGCUGGAGUCUGUGUCUGAGUCAUGCAAGAAGUUUAAAACCAUCUGUGAGGAGAUGCUGCGUUCAGAGUCCUGGAGCUCCUGCACUACACUGAUCAACCCUGCAUCGUACAUCCAGGCCUGUGUGCAGGAUAUGUGUGGCUGCACCAACAGCUCAGAAGACUUCUGUGUCUGCAACACACUUUCUGAGUUCUCCCGACAGUGUUCCCAUGCAGGAGGAGAACCUCCCAGCUGGAGGACGCCUCAGUUCUGUGCUAAACAGUGCCCGUUCAACAUGGUUUAUGAAGAGAGCGGUUCUCCUUGCAUGGAUACCUGCACACAUCAAGACACAAGUUCACUGUGUGAGGACCACAAAAUGGACGGCUGCUUCUGUCCUCCUGGAACUGUGUUUGAUGAUAUUUCCAUGAGGGGAUGCAUUGCUCAGUCUGAAUGUCAGUGCAAGCACGGCAAAGUCUAUAACUCUGGAGAGAUUUGCCAACAGGACCGAGAGAAAUGUACAUGCCUUGAGGGCCGAUGGGCUUGUGAGAGUCUUCAAACUCCUGCUACGUGUGCCGUUGAAGAGGGUUCACAUGUAACUACCUUUGAUGGGAAAACUUACACCUUCCAUGGAGAGUGUUACUACACUCUGGCCAAAGUGGAAAGCAAAGAUGCUACAAGCCCAAAGUUUACCAUCCUGGUCCAGCUGGUGCCUUGUGCAAACCAGGAGUUUGACACUUGUCUGAAGAAUGUUAAAAUCCUGCUAAACAAUGACAAAAACAAUGUAUUAACCUUCACUUCUGAUGGCACAGUAAAGCAGAACAUGCAGACCAUCAGUUUGCCGUACCACACAGGUAUGACCAACAAAUGGAAACUGAAUGAAAUAUACUACUGUGAGCUUUCAUUUAGGCUGUGA